UUCGAAGUAAAGAAAUCAAUCGCGAAAAACAUUGCAAAAUUUCAGACGCUCAGCGAUGGAAGCUCAAGGUCAAGGCGACGAAUUUGCUAUCGGCUGCAUACUUUCAAUCAAAACCACUCUCGGCGAAGAAUUCCAAGCACAAGUCAUCUCCUUUGACCGCCCUUCCAACCUCCUCAUCCUUCAAGAGGAAUCGAAAUCUGGGGCAGGCCCGAAGAGGAAUAUUAGGUUGCUGAAGGCUAAUUACAUAAAAGAUUUCUCCUUUUUAGGGCAAGGCGAAGAUCCACUCGAUGUAAACAAGUGUUUCCUCGAUCUCAAUACUCUUCAGUCUAAAGAAGAGUCUGCUAUUAGACAGGCUGAGGCUGAGGCCGAGAGGAUUGGUGUGGGUGUUACGCCUCAAGCUCAGAGCCUUUUUGAUGCUCUGUCCAAAACUCUCCCAGUUCGCUGGGAUAAAAGUACGAUUGUUGUUAUGAACGAGGUGCGAGUUAGCAGCCCUUAUCUCCCUGAAUCAGUUACGGGAGGAACUCCUGCCGCCAAUGAACGAGUUCGAAAAGUGGUCGAGUUUGAGAAGAAGAGAUUGCAAUCUCGCUAUGGCGGUCAAUGAAGAAAUUAGCAUAAAUCUCGUCGAGGUAAAUUCUAGUUUCUUUGAACCUAAUGAAAAGAGAUAUCAUGAAAUAUGAGGUAAAAUGAUCAUCUUCAGUUGUAACACCUCAUUGUGAUGAGUAAAUUAUAUCUAUCUUUCUGAUAUAUUGGAUUUUUACUUUUAUAAGAUCA